AUGGAAGACUUUUACUCCAUUCUGGGUGUCUCUCAAUUUUCAACCAUAUCAGAGAUUCGAGACUCAUACAGAAGAUUGGCCUUACGUUUUCACCCGGACAAGAAUAAGGACGAAAACGCAACCUCGACCUUUCAGCAAAUACUCAGGGCUUGGGAAACCUUACAAGAUAGCGAGAGACGAGCCGAGUAUGAUAGGGAGUAUAUGAGAGUUGCAAAACGAGAGAGGGAAUAUUCAGAUGGGUUUGAACAAGGGAGAUGGGCUAGGGAGAACGAUUUUCGCGCUGCAACGGGCAGGUGGGGUGAGAAUGGCAAUUCUCCGGGUGGAUCGUCGACAAGUCAACAACACCGCUCAUUUCAAGUCAGCUAUCGCCAUGAAAAAGCUAGCGUCUGGAAGGCUAAAGUACAGAACAAGUACUCUUUGCGUCUCCAAUCAUGGAAAGCAUUUCGUGAAAGAUGGAUACCUCUUGCUUUAGAAUGUCAGCAUUCGGUCUCGGUUCAGGAGAGGCAGCUUGAUAACUUGAACAAAAUGACUCAAUUUGAGGUUCUCCAACAGUUUCGAGAGGCUAUCGAGCUCUCUCAGAAGGCUGGCAAAUAUCUUGAAGAUACUGCUAGGACACUUUCUAGCUUGCUGGCGGCCAGGACAACAUAUAUCGACAAGUUGGCUCAAGCACUUUCCCAAUCUCAAGAGAGAUACGAAAAUAUUCUCCUCAGGUUGGAAUGCAAUCAACAACGCUACGAGGAAGAGGAAAACUGCAAUCGAGAAAUCCAAAUUCGGGAGGCUUUGGAAAUCCUUGGACCAAGAGAUCUGGACACACCACUUCUCAUCGACCUUGAUAGGAGAGCUCAAGCCAUAAAUCGUUGGACAUCCUUGUCCCGGAUCAACUAUUCAGUGAAGUAUUAUCCAUCACUAGAAAUCGAAGAAGGGCCGUGGCAUUGUUCCGGGGAAUGGGAACGUGUUCUGGUGGAAUAUGAUCAUCGUUGUUCAAGAUGUGAUAAGAUCGAUUUUCACUUCAUACCCGAAUGUGGUCCCGCCAAGUGUCCUGGCUGUCCAAUUGUUGUGUGCAAUGAGUGUCACCGCGCGUUAUGGCUUUUGCGGCAGUAUGGAGACUGGGUUAUGAGUUCAAGUCAUGUUUCGGUAAAUUAUUUCUUCUCGCUGUAUGUGUGA